AUGGAUGCCAUGCGCGAAGGAAUAAAGAUCAGACUACCAACUAACAUAGUUUAUUAUCACUCACCCACAAUAGGGGCUCCACCAACACCACAGACAGCCAGGAGACUGCCAAGGCACUCCUUGACCACUUCUACUACCUCAAUGCAACAUCACGAGCUCAGAUCAGAAAUGACCGACCUUCGUCAGUCCCAUGAUGACCCUCUCUUCACGCAGGAGGAGGAUUAUAUCCGCGAUCACGAAGUCAUCCUCGACUAUGCGGGGAGGCGAGUCACCAAGACAAUGUAUAAGGGCUGCAUACAAAGUUCCACGUGUUGCCCUGUUCUCUGGAAUAUCAUACUAGACAAGCUGCUUUAUGCGAGGCUUUCAGCGGGCGGCCACAUACAGGCUUUUGCAGAUGAUUUAUUGCUGGUUGUUACGGCCGCGAGUGUCGGCGAGCUGGAGAACGCUGCCAACUUAGCUCUCUACCGGUGGGGAAGGAGCUUCAAGCUGGAUUUCGGUCCCACUAAAACUAAGCUCAUUGCCUUCGCUCGCAAGGCUAAGAUAGCCAGAAUUAACAUGGACAGACACCGUCUUUCCUUUGUGCCAGAGGUUAUACUGUUGGGAUACAUGUUUGACGAAAAACUAAACUUUUGGAAACACACACAAACUUCAACACACGUUGUAUGUACUCGAGACUCACAUGGGGAGCCCAUUCUGAGAACAUCAGUACCAUUUACCAGCAAGUGA